GGUCUAAUAGUGCGCGGAAGUAACUUUUUUAAUCAUACGCGCCAACGCGGUCUAUUCCUCGGUCCGCACAGCAAUUUUGCGCAAUCCUAACAAGUCAGCACUUGGAGUCUGCUGUCUUUCUAAUUACAUUUCAAUUAAUAAACGUUUCAGACGGAAUAGGUGGUUUUUGUUGAUAUUUUUGUUUGUACUUUGCGUUUCUAUAAUGUCCAGGAAACGUGCUUUGACGCAAAAAGAGUUACAAGACGAAAUGGAUCGAAUUAUGGAAAACAUGUCAGAUGAAUCUUCUCAAUCAGAGGAUAAUGGCGAUAGUGUCGCAGAUAGUAACUAUGAACCCAGUGAUGAUGACACAUCUGGAAGUUCCAAUAUAAAUUCUACCAGCUCCCCCGUGCCUGCUCAAUACACAAACAACAGUGACGAUGAAUUAUCUGGUAAUACUGGUACAAAUUCUCCAUUGCCAGGAAGUAGUUCUGCCUCCGUGCCUACGCAAAACACAGAUACAGAUAACGGUUUAGCUGAUAACGCUGUCUCAGAUAAUAUGAUAUGGAGAAUUCCAACAGGUAAACAACCAGUUUUAUUAUCCUUUACAAAACAUACUGGCACUGAACCCCAUCUUGCUGAGCUUCUGUGCGAAGAACCUCUUGAAAUGUUCUUCUUUUCACUGGUUGAUGAUCCUAUUUUCCAAUACAUUGCUGACCAAACGAAUCUUUAUGCCACACAAGUUAUUACAAGUGAGGCAGAUGUAAGUAGUAAAUUUAGGUUACAUAACUGGUUACCCACAAAUAAAAAUGAAAUCAAGAAAGUUUUUGGCUUGCCCUCCUAUUUGGGUAUUGUAAAAAUGCCCAAUAUACAAGCCUAUUGGAGCCGAGAAGAUAUAUAUAAAAAUUCUAUGGCUCCCAAAAUUAUGAUACGUAAUAGAUUUGAGCUGUUACUACGUAUGUUGCACUUUGCAGAUAAUUAGGAUAAUCCAGCAAAUGACAGACUCCAUAAGAUUCAACCUUUGAUUGACAAAAUAGUUACAAAUUUUAAAUUAUCAUCUUCCGAAACUUGCUGCAUUGAUGAGUCUCUUAUUCCAUUUAGGGGGAGAUUGAUAAUGCGACAAUACAUAAAAAACAAACGCCAUAAGUAUGGAAUAAAAGUAUUUAAGUUGUGCAACAAAGGAGGUUAUACCUACAACUUUAAAAUUUAUGCAGGAAAAAACUUAGGCCAAGGUCGUACUACUCCUACAUCUGUAGUUAUGAGUCUUUUUGAACCCAUAUUAGAUUCAGGCCGUACUCUCGUAACAGAUAGCUGGUAUACAAGUAUAGAUUUGGCAAAAAGACUGAUGGAUAGACAAACAUAUUUGAUAGGGACAUUGCGAAAAAAUAGACGAGGCCUUCCAAAAGAUCUGGUAAACAAAAAACUUAAAUCUGGAGAAAUAGUUGCUUUCGAAAACCAGGAUGGUGUCACAGUAAUUUCAUGGAAUGAUAAACGUAACGUUUUAGUUCUUUCUACAAAACAUAGCAACACAACAGUAGACACGACAAACCGUAUACAAAAAACUGUAAAGAAGCCUGAAGCCAUUGCAGCAUAUAAUGCAGGAAAGUCAUCGGUCGAUAUACCUGAUAAAAUGACAGCUUAUCAGACGCCUUUACGUAUAGAACCUUUAAGUGGUACCGUAAGUUAGGCGUGGAUAUUAUCCUGAAUACUGCGAUGGUCAAUGCAUGGAUUAUGUAUAAGGAAAGUGUGGAUGCCACAAUUCCCUUACUUCAGUUUCGAAAAGCUGUUACAUAUAAGUUAUGUGAAGCGCAAGAUCCUUUAGAGCAACCGGAUGCAGAGAUUACUACAAAAAGAAAACGCCAAAAACACGAAAUGAGCAAAAGUGACUAUAGGAAACGAAGACCUUGCAGUAAAUGCUAUGAAAAACUAAGAACCGAAAAAGGAUGGAAAGAGGCACGAAAACUCACUAGAGUACGUUUUUAUUGUAAAGGUUGCGAUGGUGAACCGUUUUUCUGCUUGGACUGCUUCAAUAAAGUUCAUAGAUAUGAAAAUCCAUAGAUAGGAUUUUUUUUUAUUACGUUUGUUCAUACAUUAUUAUGUAAACUACUGGUUUUUGUUUAAGAUUAUUUCAAAAAUAAACAAUAUAUUAUGUAAAAUAUCCUUAUUUCUCUAACCUACCAUAUUUAGAAAUAAAAUAUGCAAAAUAAUAAAAAUCAUCUCGAGUUCGGCAUAUUUUUAAAAAACUAAUAUGUUCCAACUAUCGUCAGACGCCAACUCGGUCUAUUACCAGCCCUAAACCAAUGUAAAAAAAAAGAGUUGGCGAAGGAGGAUUGAAUAUAUAGCUCGGUC